GUCUCCCCAGUCAGCAGGCACAGACAACGAGGACACACACACUGACCCGGCCACCUUCCCCACUGUCACCACCAUGAAGCUGCUGGCAAUGACUGUGCUACUUCUCACCAUCUGUAGCCUUGAAGGGGCUCUGGUGAGGAGACAGGCGGAGGAGCUGAGUCUACAGAGACUGGUCUCUCAGUACUUCCAGACGGUGACUGACUACGGCAAGGAUCUGGUGGAGAAGGCCAAGGGCCCAGAGCUUCAGGCCCAGGCAAAGGCUUACUUCGAGAAGACCCAGGAGCAGUUAACACCCCUGGUCAAGAAGGCUGGAACUGACCUGAUUAACUUCUUGAACAACUUCAUGGACCUCAAAACACAGCCUGCCACCCAGUGAGGUGUCCAGACCACUGUCCUCCACCCCCAGCUGGGCCCUGGAACUCCCACUGGCCAGGCCUAGAGCCCUCUCCCAACCCGCCCCUUAUUUUCUACAAUAAAUAUUGAAGGAGUCA